AGAAAGCUCAACUGAUGUGUGAUGGCUAGAUAUGUCGGUGUAAUUCUUUAUUUAGCCUAAUUAUUUCACCUAUCUGGAGCUGCUAUGAAGGCGGGGGCAUCGUGUGUGUGGGCAUCGUGCUGUGGUUUGCUGAACGAGGUGAUGGGCACAGGGGCGGUCAGAGGACAGCAGCCGGGGUUCGGAGGGGCCGGGCCGUUCCGCUUCGCUCCAUCUGCUGGAUACUCCACGUACCCACCCAACGGCACGCCGACGCUGAGCUGCCAGGCGUGUGGAGAGAGCUUCUCCGUAUUCAGGAGACGGCACCUGUGCUGUGAAUGCAAGAGGCACUUCUGCUCGCUGUGCUCGGUGCUGCAGGAGAACCUGAGAAUCUGUUCCACCUGCAACCUGCUGAAGGGAACGGCGUUCCAGCGGCCGCGCCUCAUGAACCUGCGCGUGAAAGACCUGCGGCGCUACCUCACGCUGCGUAACAUCAACACCGACGCGUGCAGGGAGAAGGAGGACCUGGUAGAUUUGGUGCUGUGUCACCAAGGCGUGGAGAGUGAGGAUGAUCCGGACACGCCCACUUUACCUACACGCCCGCUUUUCCCUGAACCUGCCACUGACCCCGCCCCUCUACUCUUUCCUGCACACGGAGAGCCAAUCAGCAGGAGUAACAGCUCAGCAUCCACCACUCAGCUUGUGGACUCCAUGUCACUUGUGAACCUCGAGUCAUCAGAAGAAACCCCUGAGGCGGUGAGGAGGGCGGGCCGAGCGUCUCUCUCAGACCUGUCGAGUGUGGAUGACGUGGAGCAGCUGACGGUCCGACAGCUGAAGGAAAUUCUGGCUAGAAACUUUGUGAACUUUUCGGGUUGCUGUGAGAAAUGGGAGCUGGUGGACAGAGUGAGGAGGCUGUACCGCGAGAACGAGGACAACCGCAAGUCCAUGGAGAACGUGAGCACUGCCGUCUGCGCAGAUGGCAAAAGGACGCAGCUGGCGAGCGACGAGAACCUCUGCAGGAUCUGCAUGGACGCGGCGAUCGACUGCGUGCUUCUGGAGUGUGGGCACAUGGUCACCUGCACCAAAUGUGGCAAGAGGAUGAGCGAGUGUCCCAUCUGCAGGCAGUACGUGAUCAGGGCCGUCCACGUCUUCAGAUCAUAGCGCUCAUCGUGCACGCUCAUCACAGAUACAGGCCAAAUAAAACACACACGCUUCUGAUCGACUGGCUGACGCCGUGUCCACGCUGGAGAUCGUCCUCACUCUCACUCCUACACUGUACGGCCAAAAGUAUGUGGACACCUGUUCUUACAGGGUCAAAUAUUUAGCAAAGGCUUUUUACCAUAUUUUGGAGUGUAUCUAUGGGAAUUAGUGCCUUCCCCAAACUGUUGCCACUUAUUCUAAUCUGCUUAUCCAAUUAGGGUCGCGGGGGGGGUGCUGGAGCCUAUCCCAGCUUUUCAAUGGGCGCAAGGCACACAGUAACACCCUGGACGGGACGCCAGUCCAUCGCAGGGCAGACAUACACAUACACACACACACACACACACCCUGCAUGUUUUUAGACUGUGGGGGUGAAACCGGAGCUCCCGGAGGAAACCCCACACAGACACGGGGAGAACAUGCAAACUCCGCACAGAAGGGACCCGAACCGGGAUCGAACCCAGGACCUCCUUGCUGCGAGGCGACAGUGCCACCCACUUAUCCGCCGUGCCGCCCAUCAUUUAACAUGGUAACCUGCCCCCGUGUGUGUUGUGUGGGAACAGUUUGGGGAAGGCCCCCUUCCUAUUCAGGUGCAGCUGUGGCCCUGUGCACAGACGUGCAGUGGGCUGCACAGAACCCCAAUCUCAACCCUCCUGUUAUGUUUACGGGUCAGAUUGACCCGUCUUAAUGUUUCAAAAUCUUAAAAGAUAUACUGUAGUUAAAAGUAUUUUUUGGUAUGAAACCUUUAGGAUGAAUUGGAACGCUGAUUGUGAGCCAGGCCUUCUCGUCCUACAUCCGUCUGUUCUUACAGAUGCUUUUGUCCUUUCUGGAUGGGCACAAAUUCCUACAGAUGCACUCCAUAAUACUGUGGAGAUCCUGUUCCUGAGCAUUGAAGGCUGAGGAAAUUCCAUAUUAGUGGCUAUGUGGUUUGGAAUGCGGUGUCCAAUAGGGUCAGGAUCAGGUGUCCACAUAUUUUUGGCCAUACAGUGUAGGAGUGAGGGUUCUGUGGGUUCGGUAUCAGAUCUUUUGGCUGUAUAGUGGGCCAGUGGCCUGCACAGAACCAUGGACUGUUCAUAAAUCAUCACGUUCCCAUCGUGAUGAACAUGUUCAGGUCUGAAGGUCUCAUCACGCUCGUACGUAGGUUCGAACCCCGGACUCCGCGGACGCUCCGUCACGCCAGCGCGCGUUACGCAAGCAUUCCACGUGGAACUACACCGACCAGCAGCUCGCCCGCUGUCGGACCUCCACUCGCUCCACUCACACCCGGCUGCGGAGUCGGUACGGACUCCUCCUCACUACUCAGGACGGAUUAUUCCAGAUGUUCUUCUUCCUCACUGCAUGUGUGUGUGUGCAUCUCCUGCUUUCGGUUACAGUUUGAUUCCCAUGGAACCGCACAAGUGAGUCUGUAGUCAUGUGACGCACCUACCACACAGAUGAACGUCGUGGGUAUACAGUUACUGACUGUAGUUCAUCUGCUGUACCUGUGCCUCAUGUAUGAGUGGGUGGUGGAGCAGCACUCGGCACCGCACUCUCACCGACACGGUAAUUAUGGGUUCUGUGUAUGCACGAGUGCAUUAGGUGCAACUGUGUUGUUGGGAUUUUAAAACGCCUCACUGUUGAUGUUGGAGUAUGAAGCUCCAGCCAAAAAUAUAAAGCCAGUGUCCACUAAUUAAAGGGCAGCUGUAGCCUAGUGGUUGAGGUACUGGUCCAGUAAUCAGAAGGUUGCCGGUUCAAGCCUCACCACUGCCAGGUUGCCACUGUUGGGCCCUUGAGAAAGGCCCUCAUUUGCUUAAAAUUGUAUACUGUCACAACUGUAAGUCGCUUUGGAUAAAAGCGUCUACUAAGUGCCAAAAAUGUAAAUGUAAAGAUCCCAACAACACUGCUGCAUCUGCUACACACACCAGUGUCUGAUCAGUGAGGGGUCCAAUGGGAGUCCCUUUCGAUUAAUAAACUGGGAACUAAUAGGCUACAGUGAGUAAUUGUAUACCCACAAAGGUCAUCUGCAUGGUAGGUGUGUCUCGAGCAGCUGAGGCGCUGCUUCAGCCGGUGAGAUGAAGGGCUGCGUCUCAAACCACAUACUAUGCACUACAAAGUGUGCUCGAUAUCGUGACCUUCCCACUGUCGAAGUCGGUGAGCUCUUGUCCUCCGUGUGUGAUAGUAUUCGGGAUACAUCCUGCGAUGCUCCUCAGACUUCAUUCUGGUCAGGGCCGCGGUGAAUCCAGCGCCAUUGAGAAACGCUGGGUUCUCAUUGCAUGGCAACUUACACUGACAUUCACUUGUUUACCCACACCCAGGGAUCCGUUAGAGCAUCAAAUCCACCUUCUGCAUGGGCUGUGGAGACUAUUUAGCACCACCUGCUGUUCGAAAUGAAGAAUUAGGUCGUGAGUCCCGGCUAAUAUAGUAGUAUUGGAACUGUUUCUGGGUCAAAAAUAUAUAGACACCAAUUAUAAUGUGAUUAAAACUUGUAUCAUGGCCUCCUAAUCCCUCGUCAAUGAUAAUGAUCGGCUACGGCUGCUGACUUCUCUGUGUCCAUAUGAGCAUGGAACAAGCAAAACUACAUGGAACGGUGGUCUCCUCGCCAAGGUGUCCAAAUGAUCAGGUGAAUCGAACAUGAGUCAGGCUGUCCACAGUCACACGAGCUUUACCUCACCAUGCGUUCAGAGACCGCUGUUCCAUGCAUGUUUGUGUACUUUGUAAUGGGCGCGGUUGAACUACCAUUAUUUAUAUGGACACAGAGAAGUCAGCCAAUCACAGAUGUAGCCCAUCAGUUAUGAGGAACCAAAAGCCAUGACGCAAACUCACUCACUGUCUUAAACGCUUAUCCAAUCAGGGUCGCGGGGGGGGUGCACACACACACACACACACACACACACACACACACACACACACACACACAUUCACCUAUAGGGCAAUUCAGUGUCUCCAGUUAACCUGGCUGCAUGUUUGUGGACUGUGGGAGGAAACCGGACCUCCCGGAGGAAACCCACACAGACACGAGGAGAACAUGCAAACCCCACACAGAAAGGACCCGGACCGCCCCACCCGGGGAUCGAACCCAGGACCUUCUCGCUGUGAGGCGACAGUGCCGCCCACUUAGCCACCGGGCCGCCCCAUGAUGAUCUAAGAUACCUUAUAAAGGUCUGUGGUGAGACAGUGAGCACCCUGGACCAAGAGGUUAUGAGUUUAAAUCCCAGCACUGUCAGAACGUGAUGCAGAUCAAGGUUUCUCAGCUCUAGUUGUGCUUCCAAACAUCCAGACCUAGCUCGAGUUCAUCAUUGAACUCUCCUAGAUCGAGCUGCAGCAGGUGUGUUGGGAGUCGAGUCUAGUUUAUUUAUGUAGCACUUUUAAGAGACAAGAACUUUCCAGUCUUGUGGUGCUCCUCCGUCAGUGUGGGUGUCGUGAAUGUCGGGAGAAAGGUAGCAAUGCUUUCACGUUGGUCCUGAACAUCUAACAUACUUCCGUACCAUCCAUCCCACAGUCUCGUAUGUCUUGGGAAUCAAACGGUCUUACUGACGGGCGCUCGGGUUCCUGGACGAGACCAUGUUAAGAACCUUUUAUUUCCUGACGAGAGCAGAACAUCACCAGCCCACCUGUAUGUGAGUUUAAUUGAUGUAAAGAAAUGAAGGGUGUACAGUGUCUCCCAAAAUGUUGUUUCAUUAUCGCGUGUUUGCUCACUCAGAUACGUUUAUUUUUUAUCGGGAAAUAGAUUUAACCAACUCUUAGUCACUAAUGAACCGACAGAUGAGACUCUAGAUGCAACUUCGUACUCGGUCUUGUGGUUAAAUAAUUAAAUAAAGAAAUAAAUAAAAGAAACGUUUUCAUCUC